AAGCAGGGCUGAAGAAAAAAAUGGUCAAACGGUGAACAUGGGAGGAGAAGGUGGGAUUGUGCAGAAGGAAGAAUAGCAGGAGGAAGAGGAGUGUGAGGAAGAGUAGGGACAGAGGAGGAGGAGCAGAAAGAUGCAGCACUACAAGGUUCCACCCCUCCCUGUAUCUGCAGCCCCCACAGCCCCAGGAGUGUUGUCCCCCAACAUGCAGCAGGUGACCAGGGAGGGGGAUCCAUGAUUUUCACAGGACUGAAUCUUGGCGGUUUUGAGCUUUAUUGGGGUAAAUGUUGGUGCUUUGUUUUUUUGCGGGUGCUGAAUCUUUGUAUUUUGGAGGAGAUUUUGUCUGAAUCUUGAUGUUUGGGGAGUUUCUGGUCUGUGUCUUGAGGUUUGGAGGGUUUUUGUGCUGAAAGUUGAUGUUUUAGAGGUUCUUACAGAUACAAGAUGCCAAAUGACUUCCUGAGAUGAACUUGGGCAAGGAGGAACCCCCAGCCCAAGGCGCUCUCCUCUUGUUUUUUCCCCCCAACCAGGGUCUUUCAUUCCUGAGGAGUGAUCGGAUGGAGGAGGAGGAGGAGGAGAAGCCUUGGAGAUGCCGCCUGAGGAGGGGCUGCAAACAAAGCCCAGGGAGCUGCAGGGAGGAAGGACCCCCCCUGUGCCAGGAUGGCGUCUGGAGAUCCAGCCAGAGACCAGAGCUGGGGGAGAAGGCUCAGGCCAGGGAGAAGCGCCACAAGUGCUUGGAAUGUGGGAAGGGUUUCAGCUGCAGCUCCAAAGUGAUCCAGCACCAGGUGAUCCACACUGGGGAAAAGCCCUACAAGUGUAGGGAAUGUGGGAUGAGCUUCAGCCAGAGCUCCAACCUGAGGAAACACCAGAGGAUCCACACUGGGGAACGGCCCUAUGAGUGUGGGGAAUGUGGGAAGAGCUUCAGGCACCGCUCCAGCCUGAUACGACACGAGAGGAUCCACACUGGGGAAAAGCCCUAUGAGUGUGGGGAAUGUGGGAAGAGCUUCAGCCAGAGCUCCCAUCUGUGGCAGCACCAGAGGAUCCACACUGGGGAAAAGCCCUAUGAGUGUGGGCAGUGUGGGAAGAGCUUCAGGAGUAUCUCUGACCUGAUGAGACACCAGGUGAUCCACACUGGGGAACGGCCCUACACCUGCUUGGAAUGUGGGAAAAGCUUCGGGCUGAGCUCCACCCUUAGAUAUCACCAGCUCAUCCACACUGGGGAGAGGCCCUACAAGUGUCCCAAGUGUAAGAAGAUGUUUCAGACCAGCUCCACUCUCCUCAGACAUGAGCAGAUUCACACAGAUGAGAGGCCCUUCUGCUGCCCUGACUGUGGGAAGAGCUUCAACCGCAAUUCCACCCUCAUCAGGCACCGGCGCAUCCACACUGGGGAGAGGCCCUAUGAGUGUCCCCAGUGUGGGAAGAAAUUUUCUAGGAGCUCAGCCUUGACCAAACACCAACGGAGGCACCAGUAAGGGAAGCCCUACAGGAAGUGUGGGAAGAGCUCCAUGUGCUGCUCCAGCUCCAUCCCCCAUGGGAGGAUUGGUGUUGGAUGAUCCCCAGUGACCUCUGUUGGGCAUGGUCAACAUAGGCUGACCAACACCCUAUUCAGUCUCAUAAUCUGAAGGUCGUGAGUUCGAUCCUCACAUGGGGCACCAUUUGUAAUUUUUCUUUUUUUGUCUCUUUUGGGUUGAAUUUUCUGUGGAUAUAUCUUUUCUCUAGUCUCUCAGCUUCUUUUGGGCUGAAUUCUUCUGGGAUCUUCUCUCGUGGGGAGUCUCACUUAUCUUAGUCUUUAUUAUUCGAAGAAAACUCCUGAGCUCGUUAGAAUUUUGUUUCUCAUGUUUAUUAACAGGUGAUCACAAAACUUGACAGAUUUCUUCAGGCUGGUUACAAGGUUAAUUUUUGCAAUUUGGCACAUUUCUUUCUUCUGAUGGUACAAACAAGGCUUUGUGGCACACAUCGUGUCUAAUGCACAAAAUGGCUUCAAACUAUGCAGUUCUUUUAUCUUUAUACUUAUUUUUAUCUAAUUAACAGUAGAUACAUAUAUUUUUCUUAAUGACUUAAUGACUCAUCACCUCUGUGAUGUACUGCGGCAUUUUCUAUUUAAUUACUUACUAUUACUCAAAAACUUCUAGGACAAGAACAUGAAGAAGAAAGAAGGGACAAGGGACAACACCUUAAAUUCUCUAUCUUGUCUCUUGUUC